AUGACCGAAGAACGAGGUAGUGUUAGUCAGACAGUCAUUCAGUCACUCAGUCUGUCACGACCGCAACAACAAGUAGACAGGUCAAAACAACAACAGCAACAACGACAGCGACAGCAGCAACAGCAGCAGCAGCAGGCAAGCAAGACAAGCAAAAGCAAAGGCAAUAGCAAUAACAAUAACAACUAUAACAACAACAAUCACUGUUUGAAUCUAAGAUAA